AUGGCGGAUGCAGCAGCCGAUUCUGGAGCUGCUCCCCAGGAGCCUCGAGCGAGGCGUAUUGUAUAUUGUGGAGUGUGCAGUUUACCGCCUGAGUAUUGCGAAUUCGGCGGGACUACCAAGAAGUGCGAAGAAUGGCUGAAACAACACCAUCCUGACAUGCAUGAGCGGUUAUACUCGGAAGAAGCCAUCAGCGCCAGCCUUUCCAGUCUCUCUGUCGAAGCCCGUGAAAGAGCAGCCAAAGACGCCGCGAAGAAGGAGGCCAAGGCGGCCCUAGCCGAGGCACGAAAUGCGGAACGCAAGGCCGCGGCCAAAGUUCAGAUUAAGCGAGUCGAGAGGAACAAGCGAAAAUUUGUCACCGUGGUCACCGGUCUGGAGGCUCAUGGGCUAGAUCUGAAGAAGGUCGCAAAAGAGCUGGGCAAGAAAUUCGCCACUGGUUCUUCAGUCACGAAAUCGGCUGCUGGCGCCGAAGAGAUUACGGUGCAGGGUGAUGUGGGCGAUGACCUGUACGACUGGCUGAUCGAGGUCCACGGUAAAGACAUUCCUGAGGAAAAUAUCGAACUUGUCGAAGAUAAAAAGAAGGGAGGUGGCUAG